AUGGCAUCCUCUUCGACGUCCGCCUCGACACCGUCGCCGUCCUCCUCCUCUUGGUCAGCCAUGUCAACGUCCUCGCCAUUCUCAUCGCAAUCCUCCAGUGACCCUCUACCAGCACCUACACUUGACUGGCUGCCCGACACCGCACCACGCUACAUCUGCGCGGACUGCGGCGCGCAUCUCGCCCUCCAAGACGAACUCAUCUCGAAAUCCUUCAGCGGCCGAGACGGCAAAGCGUACCUCUUCUCCUCCACCCUCAACACCACUUUGGGCACCAAAGAAGACCGUCAUCUGCUCACAGGCAUUCAUACGGUCUGCGAUGUGAGCUGCAAAGGCUGCGGCAAGACGUUGGGGUGGUACUACUGGAAGGCCUGGGAGCAGAGUCAGAAGUACAAAGAGGGUAAAUGGAUCAUGGAGAAGGUGGCGCUGUGUAAGGUGAAUGCUUGGUAG